AUGCACAUGUUCGACCUCCCACCAGAGGUCUUUGCCGCAAUCAUGGAGCAAACAGCCCACACGCUCAAACUGCGACGCACCUUGCGUGCGCGUCUCGUCUGCAAAACAUUCGAUGUCGGACUCACUGCUGCCAUCUUCAUGACCGCGUCUAUUGAGCGCUUCUACCGGGCAGGCAACCCCAUCACAAUACGAGGCGUAUGUCUCAUCCCUGUUAAGUGGCCUGUGCCCUUGCUGUGUAAACGGACAAGGGAGCGUGAACAGCGCUCGGCAGUUUUUUGUGUUAUCCGUGAAGUGGUGCGGAGGAUUAUGGCUGCACGACAAUGUCAACUUCAAGAACGGGAAAGAGAAGAAGAAAAAGAAGAGGGAGAGCAACAAUGCCUCGAGUCUAUAUGCACACACAUCUCAGCCUGGGAUAUCUACUCGAGCGAGCUCAUUGCCGAGAUCAUCAAGCCCGAGAAGCCGUACCCUUCGGAAGCAGACAUGGCGCGGGCGUGUGUCUCCGCUGCAGCCUGGCUCGGUAGCAUCUCACUCGUCGAACACUUCAUCGCGCAAGCGGGCCCCGGCUUCGACAUCGACGCCGAAAGCAUGCUCCUCGCGUCUCCCCUUUGGGCCGCUACGCAACAAGGCCACGCCAACAUGAUGCAGCACCUCUUCGCCCUCGGUGCCAAGCCGCUCCGCUGCAGCCACACCCGGCGUAUACAAAGGGCAUACCUGCCGUCCUCCCGCUAUAACCCGCGACCCGCAGCCUCGGCAUCAAUUCCGCUCGUCGAAGCUUGCUCGGCUGGCCGGCCCUGUAGCACUACCGGCAUACGCCAAACCCAGAGCAAAUUCAGCUUGGAUAUCGACGGAGUCGAAUGGACGCUCUGGGAGAUUGCUGAAGGAGGGCACCUAGCCGCGGCGGAGUUCUUGAUGCCGCACCAGGUAAACAAUGCGUAG